AUGAUGGUGCUGUCCUCUACCACUGCUGAAGAAGCAAGAAAAGAACUGGCUAAAUAUGUGGCGCUUCUCGGCGAUGAAAUGCUUUCUCGGCGAGAUCAGCACAUCUCAUUGAUCGUGGAUGCCACAUGUCUGGACUUCAUUUUGGUUGAAGAAGCAGAUAGUGACCAAUUCCUUCGUUUGGCUCUUUGCUGUUCGGCGGUGAUUUGCUGUCGAUGCACUCCUGUUCAGAAGGCAGCAAUGACCCGUCUUGUGAAAGCAAACGUCUGCGGAGCGGUGUUGGCGAUUGGUGAUGGCGCUAAUGAUGUCGCAAUGCUACAGGAGGCUGACGUAGGUGUUGGUGUUGCCGGCCAAGAGGGUAUGCAAGCAGCUCUGGCGUCUGACUACACCAUCAGCCAGGCUUUCUAUACAUACAUGAAUGGGCACAGUGUACAGACGGCAGCAGAUGAAUGGACUGUACUCUUCUUCAAUAUGUUUUUUACAAGGCAAGUGUAA